CGCCAGCCAGCCAUGCCCAACAUCGUGCUGUUCAGCGGCAGCUCGCACCAGGAUCUGUCCCACCGCGUGGCCGACCGGCUGGGGCUCGAGCUGGGCAAAGUGGUGACGAAGAAGUUCAGCAACCAGGAGACCAGUGUAGAGAUUGGCGAAAGUGUCAGAGGGGAAGAUGUGUAUAUUGUCCAGAGUGGUUGUGGUGAAAUAAACGACAAUCUGAUGGAACUUCUCAUCAUGAUUAAUGCUUGCAAGAUCGCAUCCUCCUCCCGUGUUACCGCAGUCAUCCCGUGUUUCCCUUACGCCAGGCAAGAUAAGAAAGACAAGAGUCGGGCUCCCAUUUCUGCAAAGCUUGUUGCCAAUAUGUUAUCGGUUGCUGGAGCAGACCACAUCAUCACGAUGGACUUGCAUGCUUCUCAGAUACAGGGAUUCUUUGAUAUCCCAGUGGACAACCUGUAUGCAGAACCGGCAGUGUUGCAGUGGAUCAAAGAAAAUAUUGUGGACUGGAGAAACUGUGUUAUCGUCUCACCUGAUGCAGGUGGAGCAAAAAGGGUCACUUCAAUUGCCGACAGACUUAAUGUUGAAUUUGCCCUGAUUCACAAAGAGAGAAAGAAAGCCAAUGAGGUGGACCGAAUGGUCUUGGUUGGUGAUGUGACCGGCCGCGUAGCAAUUCUUGUGGAUGACAUGGCAGACACGUGUGGCACCGUGUGUUUUGCAGCAGACAAGCUGGUGUCUGCAGGAGCAACUAAAGUGUAUGCCAUUCUUACUCAUGGAAUUUUCUCCGGCCCUGCUAUUUCUCGGAUCAAUAAUGCUGCUUUUGAAGCAGUGGUGGUAACAAACACAAUCCCGCAGGAAGAAAAAAUGAAACAUUGUCCCAAGAUUCAGGUUAUUGAUAUUUCCAUGAUUUUGGCAGAGGCUAUCCGAAGAACACACAAUGGCGAAUCUGUGUCCUACCUCUUCAGCCAUGUCCCACUAUAACUGCAAUUUGACGUUGGCAAGCUGCAUUUAGCAGCAUCAUAUUAAAAAAAAAUGCAGCACAUUGUUAAGAUACUGAAUGUCUAUGAAAGUGCCAUACAU